CCGCCAUAGUAAAAAGCUUGAAACUUUUAUUACUACUCUUCGAUGGCAACUAAAGCUACCAAGCAAACAAAGUUCCGAUGGGCGGAUAUUGAAGAUAACGACGCCGAGGAUUUGACUUACUUAUUACCACCGAAGGAAGUAAUCGGCCCCGACAAGAACGGGAUCAAGAAGGUGAUUGAGUAUAAGUUCAACGAAGAAGGGAAACAAGUCAGAGUCACGACGACGAUCCGAGUCCGAAAAAUCGCCGUCGAUUCUCCACGCAAGGAACGGAUAUUGGAGCGAAGGUCUUGGGCUAAAUUUGGAAGUGCUAUGGGUGAUGAAGAUGAUGAUAGCCGACUCACUAUGAUUUCUACUGAAGAAAUCUCCCUUGAACGACGCGGUAGCAAAGUAGAAGAACCAAAGGUUGCUGCCGGACAUUCUUUAGCUCAACAAGCCAAAAACGGUGCCGUUCUCAUGCUGUGUAGAACAUGCGGCAAAAAAGGCGAUCACUGGACUGCGAGGUGUCCGUACAAGGAUCAAGCUCCACCACCAGCCAAUGGAACCGUCGACAAACCUCCGGCAUCUGAAACCGGUUCCGGCAAGACUGCCUACGUUCCUCCAAGUAAGAGAGGCGUCGGAGCGAAGAGAAACGAAACCGAUAUGAAACACAGGGACGAGGAGAACACUAUUCGGUUCACUAACCUGUCGGAGGAUGCUAUGGAAUCCGAUUUGCGUGAACUUGUCGCACCGUUCGGUCCGGUGAGCCGGGUUCACGUGGGGAUUAAUCGGAAAACCGGGCUGUGUAGGGGAUUUGGGUUCGUCAACUUUGUGAAGAAGGAAGAUGCUGAAAGAGCGGUAUUGAAGCUAAAUGGUUAUGGAUAUGAUAGUCUCAUAUUGAAGGUUGAAUGGGCCGGUCCAAGUACCAAUUAG